UUUCCUCAUUAGUGAGCUCUGUUUUGAAAUGAUGCUGGUGAAAAGGGACUUUAAAGAGGAGGCGUUUUAAGAAGACAGACGCACCUUUAAUUAUUUUUAAGGGGAAGGAGAGCACGCAGGUGACGAGUUGGGCCAUUUGGGAGUUAUACGUUUGAUUUUUGGUUCACAACAUGAGCAAGUCGAAGAAUAAAAGUGAGAACAAGACAGAAAAGGCUUUGGCUGCGGAGAAGGAACAGUUUGGCAAACAACAGCUCCACAGCAUCAGCAAAAUCGUCGCCACUGCUGAAACACCGCCCAAAGAGAAAUAUGUGCGCAAUGUCAUCAUGGGAACUCAUAAGGAGGGAGGAGCGACCACCUUCUGGUCCUACACACUCAACCUGCCCCUGUCCAGUAACUCCAUGGUCAGCUGGAAGUUCUGCUAUCUGCUGCACAAAGUGCUGAGGGACGGACACAGAAAUGCUGUUGCAGAUUCUUACAGAUACUGCCGCAAUGUGAAAGACAUGGGCAUCCUGUGGGGAACCUUGCAUGAUCGAUAUGGCCACAUUGUCGCCUUGUCUGCUAAAUACCUCAGCCACAAAAUGGAAUUUCAUGCAAAGCACAAGGUGAUUCCAGGUAACCUGGAGGCCAGUGAUGAGACUUUGGAGAGGGAAGCAGGAACUGACAUGACUAAAGUGUUGGAUAUGACACAGGAGCUGCUGGAUUACUUGGAUGCUGGACUGAAGAUGGCGGAGACAGUUUUGCGUCAGCUGGAUGCCAACGGAGCCAAAUCCACCACCCCAGCUGGACAGUGCAGACUGACUCCACUGAUCCCACUCAUCCUGGACUGCAGCUUUCUCUACCACUUCUCUGUGCGACUGUUGUUCAAACUUCACAGCCGCAUCGCUCCAGAUGUUCUUCUUGGACAUCGAGAGCGGUUUCGUGAUCUGUUCAUGAGCCUCACACAGUUCUUCAACAGAGCCAGAGAAAUGGAGUUCUUUAAAAGUGUUAUCCGGAUCCCAGAUCUUCCAGAUGAACCUCCAAACUUCCUCCGAGCCGCUGCUUUGGCUGAGUAUAAAAAGCCGGUGGUGGUGAUGCCCAAUGAGGAGCGUCAUGAGGAGGAGGAGGUGGAGUCACGGCCAGACUUUAGAUCAGCGUCUCCGAUGCCACAGUACUAUCUGGUCAGCCAAAUGGGAGCACCUGAUGCUUCGUUGGAGCAAAGAGAAACGGAGAAUGAAAGUCUGAAGAGGGAACUUGAGGUGUUGAAACCAGAACUGCAGCUCAUCAAGUCUGAGGCUCAGAGGUGUGUAACCGAGUUGAAGUCUCAAGUGAACCGUCUGGAAUCCGAGGUGGAGGAGCAACGCACUCACAAACAGAUGGCAAUGGUGGAAAACGAACAUCUGCGGAUGGAAGUGGAGGCACUACGGAGCACUAAUGUGGCCAAUGUUGGCGCUCAGAUUGGAUUCAAGGAGGCAGACAGCAGAGCUCAGGCAGCAGAGAUGCGUUUUUCCCAACUUAAAGAGAGACACGCUGAGCUGGUUACCAGCCAUGCUGAUCUGAUGAAGAAGAAUGCAGAGACAGUGAAGUUAUUGUCAAGUUCUAAACAAGACCAAGAUCAUUUACUAAGAGCCAAAAUGCAGCUGGAAAAUGAGGUGGAAGGUCUACGACAGGAAAAAAGAAACACGAUGGGUCAGCAGCAGCAGGAGGUUGACCGCCUGAACAAAGAGCUACUGGAGCAAAGAGCAGAGCUGGCAAUCCUCCGCAGCGCUCUGGAGAAUAAAGAGAUGGAGGGAUCUCAGGUGAGCAGCAGCCUGGCGGCUCUGCAGGCGGAGCGAGACGUGCUGCUGCGCUCUGCAAGAGAAAAGGACAUGGAGCUGUCUUCUUUGAGACAACAGAGCCAGCAGCAGCAGAGCUCCCUGGACCUGGAGAGAGACCGACUGAACCGAGAGCUGGAGGCUCUGAGAGCUCAGCUGCAGCAGCAGCUGGCCAUCAAUGCAGAGCAGAAGCUGGAGAUUGACAGGUUGAGACGAGAGCUGGACUCGACGCGUGCAGAACUGAGCCGUGCGAACAGCACCCUGCAAAGCAAAGAAAUGAGUGGCACCCAGCUGAGCAGCACACUGGCAGGGCUGCAAGCAGAGAGGGAGGUGCUGCUGCGGUCGACAAGGGAACAGGAGGCCGAGCUCAACUCCCUCAGACAGCAAGCUCAGCUCCAGCAGAGUUCCCUGGAGCAGGAGAGGCAGAGGAGCAGCAUGGAGCUGGGCAGCCUUCACGCCCAGUUACAGCAGCAGGCCUGUCGUGAAGGAGAGCUGACCCAGAAGCUGCAGGAGGAGCAGUUCUGUCUGCUGCAGUGUGCAGUGGUGGAGGCUGAAGGCAUCAUACUGGAUGCUGUGGCCAAAGUGGACGACCCCGUACAUGUCCGCUGCAUCAGCUCACCUGAUUAUUUGGUGAAUCGAGCCGAAAUAACUCUGGGUUCUAUUGACAAAAUGCAGCAGAGCCACUUGGUCUACCUGGGAAACAGGAAUGAUGCCAGUGGUUUGUUGAGAUCGGUCACACAGUUUUCCCACCUUGCUGCCGACACCAUUGUUAACGGAGCAGCAACAUCGCAUUCAGCUCCCACCGACCAGGCCGACCGCUUGACUGACAGCUGUCGGGAUUGUGCGAAUCACUGCCUUCAGUUCUUGAAGGAUCUGAAGCUUCAGGCCAGUUUACAGAGAGCAGACCCAUCUGCAAUACGCUACACUGUUCAGCGCCUCCUCACACUGGGACAGGAUUUGCGUCCCAAAGGACAAGAUGUGCUGAAAGAAGAGCUGGGGAGCAUGGUGGACAAGGAGAUGAUUGCUACAUCCACUGCCAUCGAAGAGGCUGUGCUCCGAAUGGACGAGAUCCUGAAUCAGGCAAAGAGAGACACCACUGGAGUUAAGCUGGAGGUCAACCAGAGUAUCCUGGGCUCCUGCUCAGACCUCAUGAAGGCUGUUCAUAUGCUUGUUACAGCUGCCACCGACUUACAGAAAGACAUUGUGGAAGGAGGCAGGGGGGCAGCGUCCAUCACAGAAUUUUAUGCCAAAAACUCUCGUUGGACUGAAGGACUCAUCUCCGCCUCCAAAGCUGUGGGUUGGGGGGCCACGCAGCUGCUGGACUCUGCUGACCGGGUUGUGGGUGAAAAGGGAACAUAUGAGGAGCUCAUCGCCUGCUCACAUGAAAUCGCUGCCAGCACUGCCCAGCUAGUAGCUGCUUCUAAGGUAAAGGCUGACCGCAACAACAAGAAGCUGUACACGCUGCAACAGGCCUCACGACACGUCAACGACAUGGCUGCUGUGGUCGUCACCUCCACCAAACACGGCCAGCAGCAGAUCUCUGACCACGGUGUAAUGGACUUCUCUGGCAUGUCUCUGAUCAAGCUGAAAAAAGAGGAAAUGGAGGCUCAGGUGAAGGUGCUGCAGCUGGAGAGUCAGCUGGAGCAGGAGAGAGUCCGUCUGGGCGAGUUGAGGAAGAGGCACUAUGACCUUGGUGCCUCUGGGACCACGGCAGAUGGAGAUGACAGAGAUGACAGCUUCCCACCGCCGCCGCCACCUACUCUGCUCGACUCCACCCCAGUACCUCAGUCCUUUUCUCAGGCACAGCCGUACAUCAACACUCAGACCUUCGCAUCAUCCAAUCCAUUUGCACCGACUCAGACACAGUCCUUGUCACUGCCUCAGUCUUACGCACCAACACACACCUAUUCACAGGCCUGUACACCUUCUCAAACCUACACACCUUCACAGUCCUACACACCUUCACAAGCCUACACACCCUCCCAGCCCUACAUUCCCACUCAGCCUUUCACACCAUCUCAGCCAUACACCCCAAACCGAACUCAGAGUUACUUCACCCCUCAGGCUUAUUCGCCAUCGCAGCCCUCAUCACUCACAUCCAGCAUCACUCAGCCUAAACCUUCUCAGCCUCAGGCAGCCCAACAGAACAACACCGAGUCCACCAAACCAACCUCAAGGAGACCGAAUAUCUUUACCAAAUCUGGCAACCUGCUGAAGAAUGCGUUCAAACGAGGUGAAACUGGAACGGGGGAGUCUUGAAGCUGACUGAAGAGGAGGAAUCUGAUUUAUUGAUUUUACUUAUGCACUGGAAAAAUAAAUGUCCUUUAUGAUGUUGAAAACACUGAUUUCUAUCUCUGGCUUUGUAACAGAAAUGUAAAAGCAGUAAUUGUUUGUGCUUUAUAAGAAUUACAUUAGCAAAUUAAAUGACGAGAAUUUUUUUGGUCAUCAUACCGACACCUGUAUUAUGUAAGUGAUAUAUAAAAAUAAAAAGUCUGAAUUUU